AUGGGCCGAAACUUUGAUGAAGCACGGCGCUCAGCUGAAGAUUGCAGCUGGUCUGAAGCACUUGAUGUGUACUUGUCUUUUAUCUAUCUAUCUAUCUAUCUAUCUAUCUAUCGGGUAAACCACAUCGAUGUAUGUGACAAUAGUAGAAGCGACAUCGAUGUAUGUGACAAUAGUAGAAGCGACAUCGUUGUAUGUGACAAUAGUAGAAAUGACAUCGAUGCAUGUGACAAUAGUAGAAGGGACAUUGAUGUAAGUGACAAUAGUCGAAGCAACAUCGAUGUAUGUGACAAUAGUAGAUGCGAUAUCGAUGUCUGUGGCAAUAGUCGAAGCGACAUCGAUGUAUGUGACAAUAGUAGAUGCGACAUCGAUGCAUGUGACAAUGGUAGAAGCGACAUCGAUGCAUGUGACAAUAGUAGAAGCGAUAUCGAUGCAUGUGACAAUAGUAGAAGCGAUAUCGAAGUAUGUGACAAGUCACGUUUACGAGCCCAGAAAGCGUGUUUUUACUUGUCACCUGCAAAAAAUCUAUAG